AUGUACGUGAUUUCCAUCUUGUUAGCCACGUUAAUAACAAUACCAUUGGUACUUAAAAUCAUCUUCCCUUAUUUUUGGAAAGAUGUGUUUUAUGCUGUGGAGCUAUUAAGGAUUUCUGUGACGUUUUUCUCCCGGCGGAGAAGGAAACCCUCAUUCUUUGUGUUGGACCGUUUCUUGGAGCAGGCUGCUGCGCAUCCCGAUAGAUUGUUCAUUGUGUCUGAAAAUGAACACUACUCGUACCGGGACUCAGACAAAAGGAGUAACAAAAUCGCCAACGCUCUUUUAAAGUCCCAUUCUGAGUACAAACCAGGGGACACCGUUGCACUUUUCAUGGGGAACCAACCCGCGUUUUUGUUUACCUGGCUGGCCUUGGCUAAAUUGGGAUCCCCCGUGGCGCUUCUCAAUUACAAUAUCCGCUCCAAAUCUCUUUUACAUUGUUUCAAUUGCUGCAACGCCACGGUUCUGAUUGCAGCCGCAGAGCUGAAGGAGGCAGUGGAGGAUGUGCUCCCAUCACUUCGAGAGCAGGGUGUUAAUGUAUACUUGAUGUCCAAUGAAUCUGACAGCGCCGGAAUAGAGAGCCUCUCCGAUAAAGUGGAGGAAGCCUCAGAUUCUUCACCGCCACGAUCUCUCAGAUCACGCAUCACGCUUAAAAGCCCUGCUGUUUAUAUUUACACCUCAGGAACCACAGGUCUCCCUAAGGCUGCUGUGGUCAACCAGAACCGUCUUCUUACGGCUCUGUCUGUUCUUUCAUGCAACGGCGUCACCCACGGUGACGUCAUUUACGUCAACUUGCCUCUCUAUCACACGGCUGGAUUUGUUAUUGGCUUCAUUGGCUCCAUUGAGACAGGCUCGACUAUCGUUCUGAAAAGGAAGUUCUCUGCCUCGCAGUUCUGGGAUGACUGCAGGAAAUAUGAUAUCACUGUUGUCCAGUAUAUAGGAGAGGUGUUACGCUACCUCUGCAACACACCCAAGAAAGAAAAUGACAAGGACCACAAGGUGAGACUAGCCAUCGGCAAUGGCGUAAGAGCGGAGGUGUGGAGGGAGUUCCUCAGUCGCUUUGGGAGCAUUGAGGUCCGAGAGUUUUAUGCCUCCACUGAGGGAAAUGUGGGAUUUGUCAACUACACAGCGAAAAUUGGAGCGGUUGGACGUGUCAACUUUUUACAUCGGAAGCUGUUUCCCUAUACUCUGAUUAAGUAUGACACACAGAGAGAUGAACCAGUCAGAGAUGCAAGAGGCCUCUGCAUUGAAUCACCCAGAGGUGAGACGGGGUUGUUGGUAUCGAAGAUCACAGACGUGGCUCCUUUCGUCGGCUAUGCUAAAAAUGAACAGCAAACCGAGAAGAAGAGACUUCGUGAUGUUCUCAAGAAAGGAGAUUUGUACUUCAACAGUGGAGACCUGCUGAGGAUCGACGAAGAUAACUUCAUUCACUUCCAGGACCGCGUAGGCGACACAUUUAGGUGGAAAGGUGAGAAUGUUGCUACAACAGAAGUGGCUGAUAUCCUCAACAUUGUUGAUUGGGUCAAAGAAGCGAGUGUUUAUGGAGUCCAAGUACCAGGACAUGAAGGGCGGAUAGGGAUGGCUGCUCUCACUGUGAAGGAAGGAAUCCUGUUUAAUGGAAGAAAAAUGUAUCACCAUGUUGUUAGCUACCUGCCCUCAUAUGCCCGGCCUCGUUUUAUACGGAUACAGAAUGCGGUGGAAGUGACAGGGACCUUCAAGCAGAUGAAGGGGAAGUUGGUGAAGGAGGGCUUCAACCCAGAUUUGAUCCAGGACCCUCUGUACAUUCUUGAUGACCAGGAAAAGAGCUACGCACCACUGACAGACCAGAUCUACAGCUCCGUCGCAUCUGGAAGCAUGAAACUAUGAUGACAAGGCUUUCCUUUGACAUUCCCCAGCUACUCAUUGGCCUAUCAAUCCAGCUAUGUAGGCAGAUGUACAUGUAGACUGCUAUGUUAGAUAGGUGGACAUCCAGCUCAGGAAUUUCACUUUCAUAGUACCAUACACAUUAUCAGUUUUAGUGCAACUUUAGUAAAAUUAAGAGUUUAUCCCUUAUUGACCUUAGCGUUAUGACAUAGCAACUUAAGGGGAAUCACUUUGAAGACCACAUGGGUUGGACUUUGCACAGGAUAAUGUCUUAAAUGUGUGCUUUGGAAAACUGAAUGACUUGCAAAGUAUGAACGAAAGGAAAGAAUAACUAUUUUUAAGAGCCAGUGAAAAUUCUUUAGUGAGAGACUAACUGUAAUUCAUAUCAAUGUGUCAGUGUACUGCAAAUGUAAUUUUCAUUUGUGUUUUUAAUUUUCCAAUCGCAUAUACAUUAAAGUGUGAUGCAAAAUGUAAAUAUUCAACUUAUGAGCUGCAGUUUCAAUGGGAGAAGAAGCCUCAGAUAUAAGGGUCCCUGUUUAAAACCACAAGGUGGGGACAAAUGCACACAAUUUUUUUUUUUAAAUCAGCUUUGAAAAAGCUACCAGUUUUGU